AUGGAAGGGAACAUAAUAUUCGCAUUUUUAUUUCUUUACAUAGUUGGCUUUGCAGGUAGAUCUGGCCCGGGUUUCAAUCUAAUCGGAACCAGGGGAGUUUUCGGGAGUCCUAUAAGUAAUUACCCAAGAAGUUCACAAUUCUAUACUAAUGAUGAGGUUGGUAACUAUUAUCCAAAUCACGGAAUAAGAAAUGUCUAUCAGGAAAAUAUCGCACCGCAUAAAGAUGUUUAUGAAAUUUUUGUUUUUGAAGAUGAUUUGAAGAACUUUCGAAAUGGGCCCUAUAGAUAUCCUCCUCUAAGCAUUAUUUUUAACAAUGAACAAGGAAACAGAUUUAAUACAAAUCCAGUUGUAGAUCAUGAUUAUAUUUAUGGUGAUACUAGAAAUCAUAAUUUUUUUAAUUUACCUGAACCAUCUUUGAAACCCAACCAACUAAUACAACCAACAGAAUAUCAAGAACCUCAGCAUAUAAAAAAUGAACCUGAAAAAAAUUAUGAAAAUGUAACCACAGAACCAUCUGCAAUUUUAGGACUACCUAUACUCAUAUCGACGAGUGAAUCUAAUCCGGAUCGAGUGGUUUUUGCUACCAGUUCGGAAACACCAUCUCAAAAGCAAUGUAUUCAGGAUUGUGAGUCAUCUUCGGCUUAUAGCCCUGUAUGCGGUUCUAACAAUGUGACAUUUUUCAAUGAAGAAAAAUUCAUCUGUGCGCGGAAUUGUGGGAUUAAUAUUUAUAUUUUAAAACGAGGCGCAUGCACUUGA